AUGCCCCGUGUGAAUCGCGUCUUAAAGCCAGGGACCGGGCAGAUCUCUAUUACCGACCUGGCAGACAACCUUCCCUCCUCUAAUCCCUCCGCCACCGACGACCCUGAUCCUCCUUCCCCCCUUGAGCCAUCUCCAGAGCAAGUUCCUCCCUCUCGCGCCAGAUCCUCAACCUCCGCCCAGCUCGUCUCCGCACAUCCCCAACUUCCAGCCCACAUAACUCCUCUUCCCAAUAUAAAUUCCCUUCGGCGACGACUCCAACCUGGAAAUUCCCGGAAUCGUGCUGUUCCGACUGCAUCCCCGCGGUUGCCACAGCUUGAAGAGGUUCGUGAAGGUGCUCACGACUCCUACUCACCCGGUCGAGCCAACAGCCGUUCUCCCUCCCGCAAGCGCAGGCGCCUGCACACCAUGCGACCCGAUUCUCUUUCAAGUGCGAAUGGCUUCUCCCCGGUGCCCAACGGCUCCACCCAGAGGAAAGCCGGUCUAAAUGGCCAGUCUGCUUCCGCCAACGGCGACGCUCAUGCAAAUGGCUCUGGGAAGGCACUUGCGAGCUCGACGUAUUACGGGCACAACCGUGAGGAGGUCACUCGGAUCUUGAUCCAGAGUCUGUAUGAGCUAGGCUACAGUGGAUCCGCGUCCGCGUUAAGUGCGGAGAGCGGUUAUCAGCUUGAAACCGCCGGGGUCGCGACUUUUCGGAAUGCAGUUCUAGAUGGACGCUGGGCGGAUGCAGAGCAAAUACUGGUGAGGUCUUUCAAGGAGGGGAACUCGCAAAAUGGGCAAAAGGCUACUCCAGAGAGAACUCUCGUCCUGGCGGAGGGAGCGGAUAGGAGUGAGAUGCUGUUCUACCUCCGGCAACAAAAGUUCUUGGAGCUCCUUGAGAACCGCGACUUGGCUGCUGCACUGCUCGUCCUUCGGCAAGAACUGACACCUCUUGGCUACGAUGUCGAUCGACUACAUGCUCUGACCAGCCUUCUCAUGUGCCCGGCUGAUCAAUUACACGAGCAAGCGGGAUGGGAGGGGCCUAUCAGCUCUUCUCGAGAACGGCUUCUUGCCGAUUUGUCAAGAUCCAUCUCGCCCUCGGUCAUGAUUCCCCAGCACAGACUGGCGAUCUUGUUGGACUACGUCAAACAAGGUCAGAUCGAAAAGUGCAAAUAUCACAACACAGCAGAAUCUCCGUCAUUAUAUUCAGAUCAUCAUUGCGACCGAAGCGAUUUCCCCUUGGAAGUCAGUGUCAAUCUGACAGAACAUACCGACGAGGUCUGGUACUGCGGGUUUUCGCACGACGGCUCAAAGCUCGUGACUGCGGGCAGCGACCGCAUGGUGCUCAUUUAUGAUACGACAGAUUUUACAGUAAUCCAUAGGUUAAUGGAUCAUGAUAGUGGCGUGGCAUUCGUUAGCUGGAGUCCCGAUGACACGAAAUUGAUCACCUGCUCGCAAGACAAGAAGGCCCGACUAUGGAAUGUAGAGACCGGCCACCGUCUUCUUACAAUUGACCAUCAUUCCCAGCCGGUCACAGCUGCAGGCUGGGCGCCUGACGGCGAGUCUUUCGUGACAUCAUCUUUUGACCAUCAAUCGCAAAUUUGCCACUGGAGUAUUCGAGGGUCAUCUAUCCACAUGUGGAAGAGCAACUUUCGCGUACAAGACUGUGCAAUUAGUCCUGAUGGCCGCAGACUUGUCGCUGCCGACACUGAAGCAAAGAUCCAUGUGUUCGAUUUCCGUACCUACGAGGAGGAUUAUUGCCUGUCUCUUGAUAGUAACCCAACAUCGGUGACUAUCAGCCGGGACUCCAAGUAUAUGCUUGUUAGCCUCAAGGGAGCUACCCAUGGCGAGAUUCAGUUGAUCGACUUGGAUACAACAGCAGUGGUACGAACAUUCAAGGGUCACAAGCAAGGCGAAUAUGUCCUACGAAGCACGUUUGGCGGCGCCAACGAAAACUUCGUUGUGAGCGGUAGCGAUGAUUCCAAGGUUUACAUCUGGCACAAAGAGAAUACCGAAUUGGUAGAGGCGCUAGAAGGUCAUACCAAAGGCUGUGUGAACUUCGUCUCCUGGAAUCCAGCUGAUCCAACCAUGUUUGCCUCGGCUGGUGAUGACCGGGUAGUGCGCAUCUGGUCACGAGAGCGCGACCGCUCUCGCUUUGCAGUGGGGCCUAGUCGCAGCAGUCGUGGGGUAUCGUCAAAUGGAUUUCCCCUCACAAGCGCCUUGAGGACCACGUCUGCGUUCUAA